CUAGGGGACAAGCAUGAAUUUUGUAAAUCUGACAACUCCAAUUCGAAUCAGACAUCCAAAAGUAGUUCAGCCAGGAAAAGUACAUUUCAAACACAACAAGGCAGCAAUAACAAUAAGGCUUACCAAAAUAAUAACUGUCCCAACGGACGUAGUGAAAGCCCGUCAACUAGUAUUAUUCAACAAGUGUCAAAACAAAUUAAUAUCACUGGAUCUUCACCACUCGAAACUGAAAAGCAACAAGCAUACUCUCCAUCUUCUGAUACAGUCAAUAUCAGCAGUUCAGCGUCGACAGCAAUCCGAGCCGAAUCUAUUUUCGACAACAAUUUCAAAACGGGUUCAAAAUCAAGGCAGACGGUAACGGUAGAAAAACCAAUUACUGUUGCUAUAUCAUCUGUGACAGCACCCCUCACAUCAUCUAAUAAUAACUGUAAUAGGAACAUAAGCGAUUUAGUAGGGCGGUCAAUAUUUUUUCGAAAUCGGAAAAUGGCGAGUAAUUAUAAUGGUACUGUUAAUGGAGGUGACACACUCGGAAUAGGCGGAUGUCCAGCUCCAUCAACAACAGCAACAGCUAUUGCGGGAGCCACACAAUCAACAACACCAGCCCCACCAAAAAGACCAGUUCGACGAGGAGGCAAGGCACAACCCGAACGACCUGUACGAGCACUUUUUUGUUUGGGCCUAAAAAAUCGCAUACGAAAAGUAUGCAUUGAAAUAGUGGAAUGGAAAACAUUCGAAUAUAUAAUUUUGCUGACCAUUUUUGCGAACUGCAUAGCAUUAGCCAUAUUCACACCAUACCCCUCCGGUGAUUCAAAUAUAACAAAUACAUCACUAGAAAAAGUGGAGAUGAUUUUUAUGUUUAUUUUUACUUCGGAGUGUGUUAUGAAAAUUAUUGCAUUCGGUUUUGUGAUGCAUCCCGGUUCUUAUUUACGAAAUGGAUGGAAUUUAUUAGAUUUUUUCAUUGUAGUGAUUGGGAUGCUGAGUACCGUUAUACAGAGUUUUAUGCCAGAAGGUCUCGAUGUUAAGGCUUUGAGAGCAUUUAGAGUAUUAAGACCAUUGCGACUAGUUUCUGGAGUUCCAAGUCUUCAAGUUGUAUUGAAUUCAAUUCUUCGUGCUAUGGUGCCUUUACUACAUAUUGCCCUUUUAGUCAUAUUUGUCAUUAUUAUUUACGCUAUUAUUGGCUUGGAAUUAUUUUCUGGAAAACUUCAUGCCGCAUGCUAUGAUAAAAAAACCGAUAAGCUGGUAUCUGAUCCACAACCAUGUAGCAGUGAAACGGGUGUUGGUUUUAACUGUAAAGAUAUUGAUGACCAAAGCUACACAUGUACAGUGAAAACUGGUGGUGAUUGGAAGGGACCAAAUGAUGGCAUUACAAACUUUGAUAACUUUGGUUUGGCCAUGUUAACAGUCUUUCAAUGUAUUACUCUCGAAGGAUGGACUGAGGUGUUGUAUUGGAUUCAAGAUUCAAUGGGAAAUACAUGGCAAUGGAUUUACUUUGUGUCGAUGGUUAUUUUAGGUGCAUUCUUUGUAAUGAAUCUAAUUCUUGGUGUUUUGAGCGGAGAGUUUUCAAAAGAGCGUACAAAAGCAAAAAAUCGUGGUGACUUUCAAAAAUUGCGUGAAAAGCAACAAAUUGAAGAAGAUUUGCGUGGGUAUUUAGAUUGGAUUACACAAGCCGAAGAUAUUGAACCUGAAGCUGAGGGACCAAUACUUCAAAGUGGCAAAGGGAAGGUGCAAAAUGAUCUAAUGGAUUCCACUGAUCAUCUAGGCGAAGAGAUUGGUGAACGAUUACAAGAGACAUGGUGGAAAAAAUGGAAGAAAGACUUUGAUAGAAUCAAUCGCCGGAUGCGACGUGCUUGCCGAAAAGCAGUUAAAUCGCAAGCAUUUUAUUGGACUAUUAUUCUGUUAGUAUUCUUAAAUACCGGUGUUUUGGCCACGGAACAUCACAAUCAAGCUCCUUUUCUAAAUGAAUUUCAAGAUAAAACCAAUAUGGUAUUCGUGACGUUAUUUACAAUGGAGAUGAUACUGAAAAUAUAUAGUUUGGGAUUUCAGGGAUACUUUGUGUCAUUGUUUAAUCGAUUCGACUGUUUUGUGGUGUUCGGCAGUAUAUUUGAAAUUCUAUUAACUAAAUAUGAUUUAAUGCCACCUCUGGGACUAUCUGUUUUGCGUUGUGUACGUUUAUUGCGUGUUUUCAAAGUGACAAGAUAUUGGCGAUCGCUGUCGAAUUUAGUCGCCUCAUUACUAAACUCAAUUCAAUCGAUCGCAUCGCUAUUGCUCCUUCUAUUUUUGUUCAUUGUUAUAUUUUCAUUGUUGGGUAUGCAAGUCUUUGGUGGCCGAUUUAAUUUCAAUGAGCUAGAAGACAAACCACGGUCAAAUUUCGACACAUUUUGGCAAAGUUUAUUAACGGUAUUUCAGAUAUUAACUGGAGAAGAUUGGAAUGCAGUUAUGUAUAAUGGCAUUCUGGCAUAUGACGGUGUUGGGUGGAGAGGUGCACUCGCUAGCAUUUAUUUCAUUAUUUUAUUCAUUUGCGGUAAUUAUAUUCUACUAAACGUCUUCUUGGCCAUUGCUGUUGAUAACCUGGCCGAUGCUGAUUCACUUACUGAAGUGGUCAAAGAGGGUCAAGAUGAAAAUAAAUCAAAGUCACGAAGUCCAACUCCAAUGAUUGACGAUUUGGAUGAUUUACAUGAUAUCGAAAUCGAAGAUAUUGACGAAAACUUCCGCAGUGACGAAGAAUCAUUUUCGGAGACAAAGAUCCGUUUAGAAGACGACGAAGGUUAUGAAGACGAUGGUCAAGAUAAAGAAGAAGAAACUAAAGAGAUUAUUGAAAAUGAUGGAGAAAAUAAUAAAACGGUAUCGGCUAGACCUCGUCGAAUGUCUGAAAUUCAAGAUCCUCCACAGCCAAUUCUACCGAUUCCUGAGGGAUCAUCAUUCUUUAUCUUAUCACAGGGUAACAGGUGUGACAAAAUCCAAACGAACAAUCCACUAAAAUUCAAAACCAAAUCCAACAUGCAUAACCCAAUUAUACCAAAACUUAUUUAUGAAAAUUAGCUUAUUCGCAGCAUUUGAAUUUAUCAAAUGGAAAGGAACCGCUAUAGCAGCGUAAUUUCUUAUUAGUAGAAAAAUAAUUGAUUUUGUCAAAAAUGUGAAUAUUCUUCAAUUUACUCAAGAUAUAUACCUCAAAAACCAAGUUUCAAGCAGCCAAUUGGUUUUUUAUAUUCAAAUAUUAAGAAAGCAAAAUACAAACACAAAGCCGAACCAACCAAAAGUCAUAGUAGAGAGAAAAAGCCGGUUCUGAA